AUGAGCAGCAGCGGAAGUCUUGAGCAGGUGAUACACGAUCGUGCAUCCCUCAUAGCCGUGAAAGAGCUGGAAAACAAGCUCCGGCGGCAUCAGAUUGUGUCGACGGAGGCUAUAGCGCAAGCGACUGCAAAGACAGUGCGAACUGUCAUCAGUGCAACAAAAGUGUGGCAGCUAGAUGAGCUCGUUCGCAUCAUUCGCAUAGUCGGUCACCAUUUGCAAAAUGCGCACCCGUUUGAGCCCGUGAUCGGCAAUGUGACGCGCCGCAUUCUGUACCUGCUUCGCGAAGAGGUCAAAGCACUUACAACGCUUGGAACAGGUGCAGCAAGCGCAGGUGCAGAAGCGCCUUCUUCCAGUGGCACUGCCCGCACACCGCCCCACCCUUCGGUCGUGCAAUCCCUUGCGGCUCUGUCCAUGUCGAUGCCAGCAUCACCAGCAUCUUCCAUGCAUGCUAGCUUCGAGAUGCCAGUAACACCAGCGCCGAAUCGCUCCUUCUCCAUCUCUGACUUGGUAUUCCCCUCAUCGACCAUGGCGACGCCUCCUACCUGCGCUAAUGCUCAGUCGGCGUAUACGUCGGACGUCAACAGAAAUGCAACCGUUUCGCCAGGCAACGUGUCUUCGCCUCUCGACACGCCGUCGCAGGACGGCAGUGAAUCGCCUCAGCGCAUGUCUGACUCGAUGUCGUCAGACGAUGAUGCAAUCCCUGUCAUACCAUCGCAUGCGUACCAACUCAAACCGCUUCUCAUCCAGGCGAUUCAGGAAUUGCUCGAUGAAUUCGAAUCGGUCGAUACCAGCAUUGCAAAAGAUGCGCGUGACCAUAUCCAUUCUGGCGAAGUCAUCCUGACGCUUGGCUACUCAACUACGGUGCAGACGUUCCUGCGUGCAGCAGCCAAACACCGCAAAUUUAUUGCCGUCGUUCCUGAGUCUGCACCUAGCUUUGCUGGGCAUGAAAUGGCACGCGCCCUAGCGGCCGAUGGCUUGUCAGUGCUUCUGGUGCCUGACUCGAAUGUGUAUGCACUGAUGCCGCGUGUGUCCAAAGUGAUCCUCGGUGCGCGUUGUGUACUUGCCAAUGGCGGCAUCCUCGCCUCGAUCGGAGCCAAGGCCAUUUCUAUGGCUGCCCGCGAGCACAGCACACCUGUCGUCGCUUUGGCUGGCGUAUUUAAAAUUUCGCCCGACUGGUCAUGGGUCAGUCCUGAGCGCCUGCGCACAGGCAAUCAGGGCCCUACCGCACAGCUUGUCAACUAUGCAUCGUCCCAUACGCUUGCUGAAAAAGCAGAGAUCGAGAACCCCCUAUGGGACUUUGUCUCUCCAGCCGACAUUGAUGUGAUCAUAACAAAUGUCGGUGAGCAUCCGCCGUCAUAUGUGUAUCGCUUGAUCCAAGAGAACUACCAUGAAGAAGAUUUGAAUUUGUGA